GAAGUGUUUUCCUGAAGGUCCCUCAGAAAAUGUAAAGCAGAGACAGGUGAUGAACCCAAGUCACUUGACAUCCCACCCUAGCCAAACUGCCUACCUGCAUUAUGGGAAACUCAGCAAGAAACAAGGGUAAUGAAGCUGCCCAGCUGCCUGGAAAAAUGACUCUGCUGCUAUACAGCAGGACCAGCUGUUUCUUCAGGAGCCCUGCUCUGGAAUGCCUGCAAGUUGGGAAAAGACCUCACCAGUAACUCUACACUUACAAAGCCACUAAGUGGUACAGAAAAUACAGAAGACUACCCUGAAAUACACAAAGUAAAGAGUUAAUGAAUCCUCAAGAAACUUUUAAGUUUGCACAGACAAAUCAGAGGGGAGUUUCACCAGCACAUUUCUCUGGCCAAACCUGCAGAUAAAGAUUAACUGAAAGUCUUCAGGGACAGCAAACAGAACAAUGUUGCUGUGAGGCCAAGUGUUGUUUUACCGUUUGUUCUCUGUACGUUACCAUGGAGUACAAGUGCUGCUUGUGGGUACAAGAAGAAAUAACCUUAUAUUCCUACCCUACAUUUAUCUCGGACACAUCCUGAAGUUUAAACAGUUCAUAGUGCUCUUCUUUAGUACUGGACCGGUCCACUGCUUUCUUAAUGGAAAUCCCUCCAUCUGGGGACACUCCACUGACACCUUUGUUUGAGACUCGCUGCAGAGAUUUCCGAGAUGAUCCCCCCAAAGGAGAUUUCCCUCUUCGGAAAAAAUCCCCGAAACUCUGUGGCUCCAACUACCCCCUGAGCAUUGCCUUCAUUGUGGUGAAUGAGUUCUGUGAGCGCUUCUCCUACUAUGGCAUGAGAGCUGUCCUGACACUGUAUUUCCUGAGCUUCUUCCACUGGGAUGAGAAUCUCUCCACCGCUGUGUACCACGCCUUCUCCGCGCUAUGUUAUUUCACACCUGUCAUCGGAGCCAUCAUGGCAGACUCGUGGCUGGGGAAAUACAAGACGAUCAUCUACCUCUCCAUUGUGUAUGUUGUUGGCCAUCUGAUAAAGUCAGUCGGUGCCAUUCCAUCCCUGGGCAACCAGGCGGUUCAUGUGGUCCUGUCUAUGGUUGGUCUGUUUUUGAUCGCCCUUGGAACAGGAGGUAUCAAGCCCUGUGUCUCUGCAUUUGGGGGGGACCAGUUUGAAGAGGAACAUACCUCGGAGAGAAGCAAGUUUUUUUCCAUCUUCUAUUUAUCCAUUAAUGCUGGAAGUUUGAUCUCCACGUUUGUAACUCCUGUAUUAAGAGGGGAUGUGAAAUGUUUUGGAGAAGAUUGUUAUGCACUGGCUUUUGGCGUCCCAGCAGCACUGAUGGUGUUGGCGCUUGUUGUGUUCAUUGCUGGAAGUGGACUGUACAGAAAAACACCACCACAAGGGAACGUCUUACUGGAAGUGUGCAAAUGCAUCGGUUUUGCUAUUAAAAACCGGCUGAAAAACCGCUCCCGUGAGAUUCCAAAGAGGGAUCACUGGCUGGACUGGGCGUCAGAAAAGUACUCGAAACAGCUGAUUGGGGAGGUUAAAAUGGUGACACGUGUUCUCUUCCUCUUCAUACCGCUGCCAAUGUUCUGGGCCCUGUUUGAUCAGCAGGGAUCCAGGUGGACUUUGCAAGCCACAAAAAUGAAUGCUGAUUUUGGAAUAUAUGUCCUUCAGCCUGACCAAAUGCAGUUCUUAAAUCCACUUCUUAUUCUUGUCUUCAUCCCAAUUUUUGACCUUGGGCUCUACCCCCUGAUAGACAUGUGCAAAUUUAAUUUCACACCAAUUAGGAAAAUGGCAACAGGUAUGAUCCUUGCAGGGCUGGCGUUUGGACUUGCAGCUGUUAUAGAAAUCAAAAUAAAUGAAACAGAUAUGCCUCGACUUGUCCCAGAAGAAAGUUUAAUUCGGGUCCUGAAUUUGGCAAAGAACCCUGUUCAAGUGACGAUCCAGGACAAGGACCUAUUUCAGCAGCCUGUGGAGGCUUUUCAGAACCCAGCUGAGUACUCAAAAUUAAUAUUGAAUGGAGAACAACAGAGUCUUCGCUUCACCCUGCAACAUCAAGGAUUGACUCUUGCUUUUAACUACACCGUGAAGGAAAAAUCAGUUUACAGCUUAAUUGUUUUUGAGGCAGAAGGAAGCCUAUCAAGCCACUUAAUUACAGACUUGGAAGCAAAACCAGAAAAUGGUUUGGCAGCUGUUAGGUUCAUUAAUGGUUUGAGCCAAGAUGUCAACCUCACAAUUGAUAGCAGAAAGUUCAUUGCUGUUCAGAAGGACUACAGCCCUUCUGAGUACUCGCUGCUGGAGAGGGACGUGUACAAUAAUGGAAAAUGUGUAACUGAAACAGGAGAGUUCCCCCUGGAGCUGGGGCUGCUCGACUUUGGUGCCUCAUACACCAUUGUGAUAACUAACAUUUCUGGAGGUGCUGUUAAGACCUGGAAGUCAGAAGACAUCAAAGCCAACAAUGUCCAUAUGGCUUGGCAGUUACCACAAUACUUAUUAAUAUCUGCUGGGGAGGUGAUGUUCUCCAUUACAGGCCUGGCCUUCUCCUAUUCUCAGUCUCCAGCCAGCAUGAAGUCGGUGCUGCAGGCAGGCUGGCUGCUCACAGUGGCUGUGGGGAACACCUUUGUGCUCAUUGUUGCUGAAGCUGCACCAAUGGCACAGUGGGCUGAAUUUGUCUUGUUCACUGUUCUCCUCUUUGCUGUGUGCAUUAUUUUCUCCAUCAUGGGAUAUUUCUAUGUCAGUGUGGAUCCAGAGGACCUAGAAGAAAAGGAAGAGAAGAGAGAGACCUCAAGCAGAGGAAACAUGAUUGGUCUUGUUACUCAGAAAACAAAGCUCUAACACAUGAUGGGUUGGGAUUUUUUUUUAAACUCAGUUAUGAGAGGGUAAAAGAAGGGUGGGUUCAGUGUUAUUUUAUUUUAGAGAAUUGCAGUCUUUAUUACACAAAAUGUAGCCACCUUAUAAAUGGGACCAAAUAGCCCUCUAUAAAAACAAUGGGGCUCCUGAAAUCAGAGCAAAACGCCCUGGGAAAGCUCCUCUGGUAUUAAAAGCCCUUAUUAGUAAUUACAGUGUAAUUUGAAACCUGCCCAUCUUUUUAAGCAUGGAAUGCUUUCCUAUGAUUUUCUCUUAAACAUAUAUUUAGGGCAGCAGGGAGGAAGGGUGAAAGGAAUGCUGUAUGACAGAAAAAUUUGGAGAUGUCAGGAGAGAAGAAAGAAAACCUAGUGUAGGAGUUAGGGAAGAAUAGAUGUUAGUGACAGAAGAAUUCUUAAUGCUGUCAUCAAGGACUGUAAGGGUUACACACACAGUCCCACAGGAUUUCAUCAUGUAACUCUCCCUAUGAGCAUUUCAUCCCAUUAUUGCAUGUUAUGAAUGGUUCUGAUUUAUGAUUUUCACCUCUGGCUCAGAAGUAAUAACAGGGAAUUAAAUUCUGCAGGCUAAAAUAUUCCCAAAACACUACUGACAAAGAUAGCCGUGCUACCAUGUCUCCAAUACCUACUUUUUCCUAGAAGUUUUUAGCAAUUGAUGGUGUUCUUUGAUUAGAUGUGAUUAGAGAAUUGGUUUAUGCUUUCUUAUUUCAGACUUCUAGACAGUUAUUUGCCAUCUCACUAUACAUUAAGCUGUUAUUGGGCAUUUCCUUUUACAGCAUCUGUCACUGCAAGUUAGGACAUGGUUGAUUUCUUAGCUCUUACUUCAGUUAUUCCCUACUGGGAGACAAGUUGCAGUAGUUUCUAUAAAAUUCCAGGCAUCCUGUGGUGAGCUAAACAAGGAUGCACUUUAUCAUUUUUUCAGUCUACAAGAGGAGACCAUGGCAUAUGCGAUUUUUCUUUUUUCUCCUUGUUUUUGUGUCUCUCUACCAAAUUUUAGAUAUAGCUAUUUUACUGGAACUGUGAUAUAAUUGUCUGAUUUUCCUUGAUUGCAUGAAGCUGUGAUUUUAUUGUCUGCAUGGAAGUAAUUCAGCCAUUGCUGAUCUAGUAAAACUUCUGAGAGAGACCCUGCCUUCCUCUGUCACUCCAAGGCUGCAACUGUAACAGGUAUGGCCUAAAUUAAAACCAGGUUGUCAGUAGGAUCUUCAGGUUCACAGAGAAUAGAUUUUAAGUGAUGCUUUCCUCUUCCAUCUUGGCAUUGGGCAUAGGUGGUUGCUAAUACUUUGAUUCACAAAAUCACGAGAUACGCAUUUAAUUUCGUUCCUGUUCAGGACAGUGCUGGGCAAUACACUUAGUUUGUCACCAGUGCUCCUUUAA